ACUAGUCUCACCACUGAUAGCUGAGGGGGGACAGACCGGUUUACCUGGAACAGCUGAGAGAAAUACAAAAGUGAAAGAAAAAUGAGAAUGCUCGGGGAAGUAUUUAAUCUUUUCGUCUGUUUAAUAUUAUCAAGAUACAGUGCUGUAACUUCUGUCACCUUUGUUGAGAAUGGGAAGAAUUUGACUUUAAAUCCAAAUAUACAUGGAAAGCCUGAAGAGAUUUUGUGGACAUUCAAUGGAAACAAGGUGGCUGAACAUGAUUUGACUAAAUUUCAAGAUUAUGGACAAUUCAAAGGACGAUCGGGAAUUGAAAUCACUACUGGGCAGCUCACUGUUCGUAACAUGACCAGCCAGGACAGUGGUAUUUAUAAGUCUGAAAUACAGAUCGACGGAGAGCAGCAAAAUUCUAAAAAUGAAGUUCAAGUUAUUGAUGCUGUGCAGGAGCCAAUUGUGACCUGUAAACUGAACAUGAUUACGGAAUCAAAAACACUGUUCUGUUCAGCUUCAUCUAAGUUCAAAAUAACCUUUGAAUGGAUUGGAUCCAAUUCUAUACCUCACUCUGGGCAAGAGCUUCAUAUCAGCAAGGAGGAGAAGACUGAUUCAGUCUUUACUUGCACUGUGAAAAAUGAAGUUAGCCAAAAGAACACCAGCUUCACUCUGAAAGACUGCAACACAGAUGAAUCACAAUCAGAUAUGAAUACCAUUCUACCAGUUAUGUGUGUCAUCAUCGGUGCUAUUAUCACGGGGAUCACAGCUGUCGUCAUUUAUUUAAUUCACAAAAAAAUAAACAAAGAUACAAGGAGAUCAGGAGUUAAACUUACAGAUGGGGUACAAGAAAAUUUAAUAGAUGGAAACGUGUGUGAAUUAUCAGAGACAGAAGCACAAAUCUUUAAAGAUGAUGUGAACCAGACCCUCAAAAACAAUGAUGCAGAGAACAAUGAAGAACAGGACAUAAAUGAAGAUGCACAUAAGUCUGAGAAAAAUGAAGGAGAAGAAAGAACAGAUGAUAAUAAAUUUGUGAAUGAUUCUCAACAGAGAAUCAGAGACAAUGACGGUGAGAACAAAGAACAAGAAUUGACUGAUGCUGAAAAUAUGAGCAAGGAAAUGGAAUUAGAUGAAACUUCUGAAGCUCUCAGUGAAAAACCUGAUCUAUCUGAUCAGAGAAGUGAAUCAGGCAAAGACCUUCACAAUUGUGAAGAUGAUGAGCAGGAAAUUAGUGAAGCUCAAGACCUGGACCAGCACAAGACAAUGCUAGCAACAAGUGGCAAGUUAAAUGAGAAGCACUGAGCAGCAGGGACACAGAAAUAGGGAUGUAACAAUUCAGCGCGAGAUGGUUGAAAAUAGAUACAAAUAUGUGACGAUUCAAAUCAGUUGAGAUGUUAAACGAAUCGUGAAAGAUUUGGGGUGGGAGUUUAUAUGAAUGUAUCUGAUGGGAACUGACUGUCUUAAGAAAAGUUUAAAUUAUAUUUUCUUUUCAUCUCGUCUCUGUAAGUUGCAUAUUAAAGUAGUAUUUAGGGGUGGGAAUCUUUAGUCAACUUACGAUCCGAUCCGAUUCUGGGAGUCACAAUCCGAUUCCAGAACGAUUCUUGAUCUACUUUUUCUCCCUUAUUAAUUAAUUAGUUUACCAACUUGAGAAUCGUAAAAUCCUUACAUUUACAUAUCCUUACAUAAAUAAUUAAACAAUAAGCACGGCUGUGUCUGUCACUUUAAUGGUAUG